UGGUUCCUAAGCAGCGGAAAAUUGCAGCGUCGUACGUCAGUAGCGCAGCGCCUCUCACGGCAACCAAUGGAUGACGUGCGAUACGCCAGGAGCGCAGGCGCGAUUCGAAAUGCGCGUUCAACCCGCGCAACUGGAAUGGAGAAUUGCAACGACGUUUCUCAUAUGGAAAAACGAUCGUAGGGAAAGAAAUACAGCAAUCAAUCUGACUGGGACCUGCUGCUGCUGCGGACAGUGCGGGAUUUGUACACGCCGUAUGAUUUUACCACGCAAAAGGGAAUGUCACGACCGGACAUGAGGAAUAAAUGAUAUAUUCGGGUGUACGUCAACGGUUCUUUGCGGUUUAAAUGGAAUAUGGAGCGCCUGCUGACGCGACGCGCGCUUGGAAAGGCGUGAAAAAUAUCGGUGACGUUACGGCGGAUUGUCAAUGAAACUGAAGCGGAUCAGUGCCGAAUAAAAAACACGUUUCUGAAGCACCGGAGCAGCCCGAAUAAAACACGUCCCCGCUCAUUCAUGUGCGUGUGUCAAGGCAAACGGGACGCCGCAUUAGCGGGACUGUUGCUGCUGUACUGAGACCUGUGGCUGGGUCGGAACCGUGAUCUGGGUCUGUUUUUGCGGUUCCCCGUGCGUGUAUUUGCGGAUGAUGGGAGAUUUCAGAGGGUCCAUGCAGAAGAAGGUCUCGGGAAGACGCGCUCAUACUACAGGGCAGUGAUGCCGGGCAUGGUACUGUUUCGGCGACGCUGGUCAGUCGGCAGUGAUGACCUGGUGUUGCCGGCUUUCUUCCUGUUUGUACUACACUGCAUAUGGCUGGUGGUUCUGUCUGUGGUUCUCUUCGGGCUGCCGUACAAUUCAGAGCAGUCAUGUUCGGUCACGCUGGUGGAUCACGGUCGCGGUUACCUCGGCAUCUUGGUCAGUUGUCUGAUCUGCGAGAGCGCCAUCAUGUGGCUGAGCAUGAGGGGCAGCAUCCUCUACACACAACCUAGAGAGGCGGUGCAGUAUGUGCUCUAUAUACGCCUGGCCAUCCUGCUCGUGGAGCUGGUGUACGCAGUGGUGGGCAUCGCCUGGUUGGUGCAGUACUACCAGCCCUGCCCAGACAUCACCGCUAAGAACCUCGCCCUCGGAAUUGUGGCUUGUAACUGGUUGGUCAUCUUCAGUGUGUGUUUCACCAUGAUGUGCACCUUUGACCCUACUGGACGGACCUUUGUGAAGCUGAAAGCAACUCGUCGACGUCAGCGUAAUCUUACAACAUACACACUCAGACACAGGCUAGAAGAGGGUCAAGCCAGCAGCUGGAGCAGAAGACUCAAAUUCUUUAUGUGCUGCACCAGAGCAAAAGAUACACAAUCUGACGCUUACUCUGAGGUGGCCAGCUUGUUCGCCGAGUUUUUCCGGGAUCUGGACAUCGUGCCGAGUGACAUCAUCGCUGGUUUGGUGCUGCUCCGACAGAGGCAACGGGCUAAAAGAUCAGCCAUCUUGGAUCAGGCAAAUAAUGAUGUUUUAGCCUUUCUGUCUGGGAUGCCUGUGACUCGCAACACUAAAUACUUGGACCUCAAGAACUCGACUGAGAUGGCCAUGUAUAAGGAAGUGUGCUACUACAUGUUGUUUGCCAUGGCGGCGUAUGGCUGGCCCGUUUAUCUCUUGAGAAAACCAGCGUGUGGACUCUGCAGACUCGUCAGCACCUGCUCCUGCAAUACUUCAGUUUCAGGCUCUCGUCUCUCUCAAUCCGUCACCGUUGAGGAAGAUAACUGCUGCGGCUGUAACGUCCUUGCCAUCCGACGCCAGUUUCUAGACAGAGACCUCAAAGAAGUCCAGAUUGUCUACACAUCCUGCCAUGAUGCGGUUUAUGAGACGCCCUUCUUUGUAGCUGUGGAUCAUGCAAAGAAGAAAGUCGUGAUCAGCAUCAGAGGAACGUUGUCUCCUAAGGACGCUUUAACAGAUCUCACUGGCGAUUCAGAGCGUUUGCCUGUCGAGGAGCAGCACGGCACGUGGCUCGGACACAAGGGAAUGGUUUAUUCAGCCGAAUAUAUCAAGAAGAAGCUGGAGCAAGAGAUGAUCCUCUCUCAGGCCUUUGGGAGAGAUUUAAGUAAAGGGACGAUGCACUACGGGCUGGUGAUUGUGGGUCAUUCUCUGGGAGCGGGAACAGCCGCCAUUCUGUCCUUCCUCCUCCGGCCCCAGUAUCCUUCACUGCAAUGCUAUUCCUACUCUCCUCCCGGCGGCCUGCUCAGUGAGGAUGCGAUGGAGUACUCGAAAGAGUUUGUCACUUCAGUGGUGUUGGGAAAAGAUCUGGUCCCCAGGAUCGGCCUCUCUCAGCUUGAGGGUUUCCGUCGUCACUUACUUGAAGUCCUACAGAAGAGCGAUAAACCAAAGUGGCGGAUCAUCGCCGGAGGAACAAAGUGCAUCCCUAAAUCGGAGCUGCCCAUGGAUGACGAAGCCCCUGUAUCUCAGGGCGUAACACCCUCCAGUUCCCGCCUAUGGCUUCAUCCCAGUGAUCUGAGCAUCGCCCUGUCUGCCUCCACACCGCUGUUUCCCCCGGGACGGGUCAUUCAUGUGGUGCACAAUCACCCGCCUGAGAUGUGUUGUGGUCAGGAAGAGCCCACGUACUCGGCUCUGUGGGGCGAUAACAAGGCCUUUGAUGAGGUCAUCAUUUCUCCAGCCAUGCUGAAUGAACACAUGCCCCAUGUGGUGAUGGAUGGCCUCAACAAGGUGCUGGAAAACCCACAUUUAAUUUCAGACCUGAUUGCUGCACAGGUUGGAAGCCGGAAAGCUAGCAAUGAAGUGCAUAUUUCUGUCCCUAACCCAUCCUCAGAUCUCUCUUUUACACCACUGUGUCCAGACGAAUGCUUUAUAGUUCCCAAAACUCCCAGUGAAACAGUUUCUGUUCAACCACCGGGUUCAGACACUCAAAGGAACGGUUUAUCAUUUAAAAAUACGUCCACUGAAAAUACUGUUACUGAAUCUCUCACUGCGAUCCCAUCACCCACAAUGCCUGUUACUGUAGAUACAUCUUCCCUUAGGUCAAAUACAAAAGCUGAAGACGCUUCUGGUGAUGUUCAUCAAUCAUCAACAUGUCCAUCUCAGUCAAAUACUACAUCGAGCUCACCGAAGUUAGACUUUCCAACAUUAGAAAUCCCUUCAACGGUCCCAUUGAAUGGCUUUUUAUCUUCUGAAACUUCCUCUGAUGUGUCUGAGCAUACCCAAAAUACACCAGAUUUGCACUCUUCCCCAGAGUUCCUGCUAAAAACCAAUCUGAAUCCCGAGGCCAGCUGUCUUGAAAACACAUCGGAGAGCUGUUUUAUAAAACCCUCGGCCUUUGAUAAUGCAUCUUUAACUUCUCCCCAGGACAGGUUCAGUUCUUCGACUGUCCCAUCUGAAGGAACGACCUCUAACGCUUCAUGUUAUAUCUCAAGCCUCUGAUGUACAUUACUGUUCAAAAGUCUGGGGUCGAUAAGAUAUUCUUUUUACUUUUAUCAAUCAAAGAAGUAUUAAAUAGGCUACAGUGCAUGUAAGAACUUCUUUAUGUAUGUUUUUUGGCAAUGUGUGAAUUAGCCUAUGAUGAAACUAAACAAUGUGUACCUGGGCUACAAAAUCAGUCAUUAGGGUCACUUUUUUUGAAAUUGAGAUUGUUACAUAAUCUAAAAUCUGAAUAACUAGGUUUUCUAUUGAUGAACUGUUUGUUCGGAUAGGAUAAUACAUUGCUGAGAUACAACUACUUGGAAAUCUGGAAUCUGAGGGUUGAAUAAAAACACAAUAAUGAACAAAAUAGCCUUUAAGCCUGUUCACACGAGGCGUCGGCCUCAACACUUAACGAAGGGUGAUGUCAUAGUGACGACAGCCAAUCAUAUUCAACUUGGACUGCAACACAAAAAGGCAUAGCAGAAGCAGUGGUAGGGGUAGUGGUGGUGGUAAUGUAUAAAGAUGUAUGUAAAGAUUGAACAUAAAGCAUGGCGUGAUAUAACCGUGAUAUACUUUUCCUCCUUUUGACUGCAUAAACAUGAUUGGCUAGUGUCUACACUAGUAUUUACAUAAAGCGAUCUGAUUGGUUGGUGCUUGAGACAGAUCCACAAUUUAGUUCGGCAACACUUGACAUUCAAAGUCAAUGGGAAGCGGUAAUGCAGGCACCCCGUGUGAACAGGACGUAAAGCUGUCUAAAGAAAGUUCAAUUAUUAAUCAGAAAUUACGCUUUGAUAUAUUUACACCUUGACAAUUCUUCGUGGAAGAUGAUGUUUGAUGAUGUUUGUGUGAUUUUUGACAUAAACAAAAAAUCCAUAAUUGUGACCCGUGCAAUGUAUUUUUGGCUGCAUAUCACUGAUUUUGUGCUCCAGGGUCACAAUUGAAGCCUUUUAAAACUUUGACGCUUCUCUAUAGUUGGGUUUCCAUCUGAAAAUGUAGCAAAUCUUUUUAAAGUACAAAAGUAAAUAAAAAUAAAAAUGCUAAUUGCGAAUUAGUUUCCAUUAAAUUGUUAGUGUGGCUGACUGUAGUAUUGGUAUCCUAGUAACAACAGUAAACAAAGUGUAUGUAUCUAUGAAUGGAGUCACAUGGGUGUAAUGUUCGCUACAUCAGACUCUUAUUUGGUAAAUCGGAUUUCACCUCCCAUUAUUUGUAUUAACCCUUUUUCACACAAGUCUAAAACCCCCUCAAAUGAGUGUAAAACUUUGAGAAUAAUGGAUUUUUAUUAGAUAUCUGGCAUUUACGUGACUGGUUUCUUAUGUGAUACUUCAUAUUGCGCAUUAACAGUGUGAUGGAAACCCAGCGAGCAGAUUGUUAUGUGAAGCACUUUUGUGAAGGAAAACUGAAAUCGAUAUGACAUUAAUACACAUGAAAUGAAUGGUAAUAAUGUUCUGAAUAAUCCUGCUGAUGACAUUUCAAUUAGUUGUGCAAAGAAAGGAAUUCAUUCAGACUACAAUCUCACAUAGUCCGGUCAGUGUGGUCUAUAGUCACAAAUAUACCUUAUAAUAUCUUAUAUAUCAUAUUUUAUACAUAUUUAUCUGUUGACAUGAUGCUGGACAAAUAUACUUUAUAAAUAUACUACAGUAUCUAAUGCUGGUGAAUUGCAGAGCUUGUGCAGAUAUAUAUCCAUAUCGCUACGAUGCUUUAUGAACUGCUGUUUUCUCGCUGUUGCUAUUUAUUUUCUUAAGCUUUUACUUUUUGCUUUCAGUAUAUCACUGCAAAGCUAUUUCCAACUUUUUCUCUGCUUUCAAGCAAAGAACAUAUAUAUGAUAAGUAUAUUCUGUCACCGAAUCCCCUUCAGUCGCUUGUACAUUACAUUAUGCGGGAGUGUAGGCUAUAAAGUCAAAGCUUUGUACAGUUAUGCAUGCAUGUCCCGAGUGCGUUUAUUUAAUUCAGUUCAAUUAAAUUAGAAGCUGCUUUGGAUAAAAAUGUCUACUAAAUGCAGAAAUGUAAAUGUUAAUGUUAAAAUGACUGUCUUUUUCAACAAAUAUAUCUACACUUAGUGAGCAGAAGAGACUCAAACCCCACACUUUUGAAACAGUAGUGUAUAUCACGCCGUGCACAGCCUGCUGCAUGCAUGCUUUCUUCCUUUGCAGUGAAUAAUCUUGCAGAAACAUCCCUCCUCAGCUCCAGCUCGGGCAUCUGUGGUGUUAUUCUCUUCCUUUCUGCAGGUCCCCGGUCUCUCUGUCAGUUUUUAUUUUUUCUCUUGACUUCCUGUUUUGUUUGUCUGGUUUGUGCUUUGGCAGUUUGCAGCAGGGUUGCAUUGCAGCUUCUUUCCAUCUACACACGUUCCAUCUUGUGCGCUUGGAGCUGGAUUUAUCUGUGUUUGGCAGACAGUUGAAGUCAGAAUAUAUAUAUGGUUUCCCCAAUUUCUGACUUUUUCAACACAUUUCUAAACAUAAUAGUUUUAAUAACUCAUUAUUAAUAACUGAUUUAUUUUAUCUUUGCCAUGAUGACAGUAAAUCAUGUUAGACUAGAUGUUUUUCAAGAUACUAGUAUUCAGCUUAUAGUGACAUUUAAAGGCUCAACUAGGUUAAUUAGGUUGUGAUUGAUUGGGCAAGUCUUUGUGUAACAGUGGUUUGUUCUGUAGACAGUCGAAAACAAAUAUUGCUUAAGGGGGCUAAUAAUAUUGAUCUUAAAAUGAUUUGAAAAAUAAAAAUUGCUUUUAUUCUAGCUGAAAUAAAACAAAUAAGACUUUCUCCAGAAGAAACAAUAUUAUAGGAAAUACUGUGAAAAAUUCCUUGCUCUGUCAAACAUCAUUUUGUAAAUAGUAGAAAAAGAAAAACAAUAAUCAGAAUAAUUUUGACUUCAAUAUGUAUUUGUUUACCAUGCAUGACACAUUUGAGUGAGCAUCGAUCACAUUUACAGUUGAAGUCAGAAGUAUUUGCCCCCCUGUUUAUGUUUUUCCCCAAUUUCUGUUUAAUGGAGAGAAGAUUUUUUUUCAACACAUUUCUAAACAUAAUAGUUUUAAUAACUCAUUUUUAAUAACUGAUUUAUUUUAUCUUUGCCAUGAUGACAGUAAACAAUAUUUGACUAGAUAUUUUUCAAGACAUUUCUAUACAGCUUAAAGUGACAUUUAAAGGCUUAACUAGGUUAAUUAGGUUAACUAGGCAGGUUAUUGUAAUUAGGCAAGUUAUUGUAUAAUGAUGGUUUGUUCUGUUGACAGUCGAAAAAUAUAUAGCUUAAAGGGGCUAAUAAUUUUGACCUAAAAAUGGUUUUUAAAAGUAAUAAAACUGCUUUUAUUCUAGAUAAAACAAAUAAACUUUCUGAAGAAGAAAAAAUAUUAUCAGACAUACUGUGAAAAUUUCUUUGCUCUGUUAAACAUCAUUUGGGAAAUUUUUUAAAAAGAAAAACAAAUUCAAAGGGGGGCGAAUAAUUCUGACUUCACCUGUAUAUUAUGUGCCAAAUGUGUUUGAAAAGGAUGAAUAUUGACAAAUGAAUGUGAAAUCACUUUUAUUUAUUUAUUUUUUGCACUAAUAUUUGGGGAGAAAGAUUUCUGCAGAAAAUAAGUCUUGUGCACUUAAAUGGUAAAAUGUUUACUUACCAAUCAUUAAAUGUCGAUAUUACCUAACAUUAUUUUUUGGUUUUCUUUUAAUUUUUUAGAUGAAAUCUAACACUAAGUCUGCACCAAUAAUGAAAUUAUGAAUUGCAUUUAUUCAUUCAUUUUCUUUUCGGCUUAGUCGCUUUAUUAUUUUGGGGUUGCCACAGCGGAAUGAACCGCCAACUUAUCCUAGGUUUUACGCAGCAGAUGCGCUUCCAGCUGCAACCCAUCACUGGGAAACACCCAUACACACUCAUUCACACACAUACAAUAUGGACAAUAUGGGGGAGGGUUGCUUAUGAUCGCGUGAAUUGAAGACCGGUGGGCUGGUGCGUGGUGACAGCGGUGUUAAGACUGAAGUGACUUAGGAUCGCAUGAAUUUAUCAUGCGGGGCCCGUCCGCUACGCCAAUGAACCUGCCCAAUGCCAGUUUGGCCAAUUAUAUUUCAGCACCCUGCGUUGCCAUUCAGUAAGGAUUGCUCUCAAAGUAUGUGUUUGCGAUCGAAAUGCGACCUUUGGUGAACAGUAGCAGACUGCCAAAUAAGAUGCAGAUUCAGAGUUCCAAAUAAGGUGGUUUUAAUCAGCAAAUAAUAUAAAUAUUACGAAGGAAACAUUAGGUAAGCAGGUCACAUUGUAACUCCGUGUCUUAACAACACGCUACCUGAUGAGAUUUGCAGUGUUUUGCACUAGACGAAACACAGCAGAAAUUUAAAUACAGCCAUUCAGAAGCACAGAAUGUUUAUUUAUUUAUUUAUUUAGUACACGACUCAAAUCAGCCUCAAAUCAGCCUUUAGGCUCGAUAGUCAGGCUCGCUCCUGUUGAUGUUGUCAAUCUGGCAUCCUGCACUUGCGUGUUUUGAACCAGGCGUGCAAUACCUAAUCCAACCACUGGGUGUCAAACAUACCUACUGCACCUUUAACAGAAACGUAACACUUACUCUGCAACAAUAAUACAAUUAUGAAUUGCAUUUAUACAAAUAAACGUAAAAAAAUACAAGUACUUUUGUGCAAUUCAUAUGUAUACAUAUUAUUAAUAAAUUUUUAAUGAUA